GAUGUGCACUCCGUGCUUGGGCCCCUGCCCCAAGGUUUGCCACCUCCUGGAGGGCGAGAAGACUAUUGACUCGGUGACAUCCGCCCAGGAGCUCCGAGGGUGCACCGUGGUCAACGGGAGUCUGAUCAUCAACAUCCGAGGAGGCAACAACCUGGCAGCUGAGCUAGAGGCCAACCUUGGCCUCAUUGAAGAGAUUUCAGGGUAUCUCAAAAUCCGCCGCUCCUACGCUCUUGUGUCACUUUCCUUCUUCAGGAAAUUACGUCUGAUUCGAGGAGAGACCCUGGAAGUCGGGAACUAUUCCUUCUAUGCCUUGGACAACCAGAACCUAAGGCAGCUAUGGGAUUGGAGCAAACACAACCUCACCAUCACUCAGGGGAAACUCUUCUUCCACUAUAACCCCAAGCUCUGCUUGUCAGAAAUUCACAAGAUGGAGGAAGUUUCGGGAACCAAGGGGCGCCAGGAGAGAAACGACAUCGCCCUGAAGACCAAUGGGGAUCAGGCAUCCUGUGAAAAUGAAUUACUUAAAUUUUCUUACAUCCGGACAUCUUUUGACAAGAUCUUGCUCAGAUGGGAGCCGUACUGGCCCCCAGACUUCCGAGACCUCCUGGGGUUCAUGCUUUUCUAUAAAGAGGCCCCCUAUCAGAACGUGACAGAGUUCGACGGGCAGGAUGCCUGUGGUUCCAACAGCUGGACGGUGGUGGACAUCGACCCGCCCCAGAGGUCCAACGACCCCAAGUCACAGCCCCACCCCGGGUGGCUGAUGCGGGGUCUCAAGCCCUGGACCCAGUACGCCAUCUUUGUCAAGACCUUGGUCACCUUUUCUGAUGAGCGCCGGACCUACGGGGCCAAGAGUGACAUCAUCUAUGUCCAGACAGACGCCACUAAUCCUUCCGUCCCCCUGGAUCCGAUCUCGGUUUCUAAUUCCUCAUCCCAGAUUAUUUUGAAGUGGAAACCCCCCUCGGACCCCAAUGGCAACAUCACUCACUACCUGGUUUUCUGGGAGAGGCAGGCGGAAGACAGUGAGCUGUAUGAGUUGGAUUAUUGCCUCAAAGGGUUGAAGCUGCCCUCCCGGACCUGGUCUCCGCCGUUCGAGUUGGAGGAUUCCCAGAAGCACAAUCAGAGUGACUAUGAGGAGUCGACCAGCGAAUGCUGUGCCUGCCCCAAGACUGACUCUCAGAUCCUGAAGGAGCUGGAGGAGUCUUCAUUUCGCAAGACGUUCGAGGAUUACCUGCACAAUGUGGUUUUCGUUCCCAGAAAAACCUCUUCAGGCCCUGGUGCCGAGGACCCUAGGCCAUCACGGAAACGCAGGGCCCUUGGUGACGUUGGGAACGUGACAGUGGCUGUGCCUACAGUUCCGGGUCUCCCCAACGUCUCCUCAACGAGCGUGCCCACCAGCCCGGCGGAGCACCGGCCCUCCGAGAAAGUGGUGAACAAGGAGUCGCUGGUCAUUUCUGGCCUGCGUCAUUUCACUGGCUAUCGCAUCGAGCUGCAGGCUUGCAACCAAGAUGCCCCAGAAGAAAGGUGUAGCGUGGCAGCCUACGUCAGCGCCAGAACUAUGCCCGAAGCCAAAGCUGAUGACAUCGUCGGUCCAGUGACCCACGAAAUCUUUGAGAACAACAUCGUUCACUUGAUGUGGCAGGAGCCAAAGGAACCCAACGGUCUGAUUGUGCUGUAUGAAGUGAGUUAUCGGCGAUACGGCGACGAGGAGCUGCACCUCUGUGUCUCAAGAAGGCAUUUUGCCCAGGAGCGGGGCUGCCGGCUGCGAGGGCUGCCCCCAGGCAACUACAGUGUGCGUGUGCGGGCCACCUCCCUGGCGGGCAACGGCUCCUGGACUGAGGCCACCCAUUUCUACGUGACAGACUACUUGGAUGUCCCAUCAAAUAUUGCAAAAAUCAUCAUUGGCCCCCUCAUCUUUGUUUUUCUCAUCAGCGUUGUGAUUGGGAGUAUUUACCUGUUCCUGAGAAAGAGGCAUCCGGACGGGCCGCUGGGACCGCUGUAUGCUUCUUCAAACCCUGAGUACCUUAGCGCCAGCGACGUGUUUCCCUGCUCUGUGUACGUGCCUGACGAAUGGGAGGUGCCCCGCGAGAAGAUCACCCUCCUGCGAGAGCUGGGCCAGGGCUCCUUCGGCAUGGUGUACGAGGGCAAUGCCAGGGACAUCGUCAAGGGCGAGGCGGAGACCCGUGUGGCAGUGAAGACGGUUAACGAGUCGGCCAGCCUGCGCGAGCGGAUCGAGUUCCUCAACGAGGCCUCUGUCAUGAAGGGUUUCACCUGCCACCACGUGGUCCGCCUCCUGGGGGUGGUGUCCAAAGGUCAGCCGACGCUGGUGGUGAUGGAGCUCAUGGCUCACGGGGACCUGAAGAGCUACCUCCGUUCGCUGCGGCCAGAGGCUGAGAACAAUCCUGGCCGCCCUCCCCCCACCCUGCAAGAGAUGAUCCAGAUGGCAGCAGAGAUUGCGGACGGGAUGGCGUACUUGAACGCCAAGAAGUUUGUGCACCGGGACCUCGCAGCUCGAAACUGCAUGGUGGCCCACGAUUUCACCGUCAAAAUUGGAGACUUCGGAAUGACCAGAGACAUCUAUGAAACGGAUUACUACCGGAAAGGGGGGAAGGGCCUGCUCCCCGUGCGGUGGAUGGCCCCAGAAUCGCUGAAGGACGGCGUCUUUACCACGUCUUCUGACAUGUGGUCCUUUGGCGUGGUCCUUUGGGAAAUCACCAGCUUGGCGGAGCAGCCUUACCAAGGCCUGUCUAACGAGCAGGUGUUGAAAUUUGUCAUGGAUGGAGGGUAUCUGGAUCAACCCGACAACUGUCCAGAGAGAGUCACCAGCCUGAUGCGGAUGUGCUGGCAGUUCAACCCCAAGAUGCGGCCGACCUUCCUGGAGAUCGUUGACCUGCUCAAGGAUGACCUGCACCCCAGCUUUCCAGAAGUUUCCUUCUUCCACAGUGAGGAGAACAAGGCUCCCGAGAGUGAGGAGCUGGAGAUGGAGUUUGAGGACAUGGAGAACAUCCCCCUGGAUCGGUCCUCACACUCUCAGAGGGACGAGGCUGGGGGCCGGGACGGCGGGUCCUCGCUGAGCCUAAAGAGGAACUAUGAAGAACACAUCCCCUACACCCACAUGAACGGGGGCAAGAAGAACGGGCGGAUUCUGACCCUGCCGAGGUCGAAUCCUUCCUAACGGUGCCUGUUGGGGAGGGGUCCCUGUCUCCGCUUGCCUCUGGUGUGAAGGCCUUCAGAAAUCUCAGGAUUCUAACGACUGGUACAGUGUCAACCCAAACUCAGAGAUAACGACUAUACAUUUGUGGUCAUCUUAAGACUUAAAACACAUUUGUUGGAUUGCCAAUUUGACUCGUCGUCAACAGAUUUAACUGUGAACACAGUGGGGAAGGGGUUUUCUUGGCUGCUGGACUUCUGGCAACCGUGGCUUCAAGCCAAGAUAUUAUUAUUUUCUUUUUUCUAGUAGAUGGAAAGAAAGCACCCGUUUUUACAAAGAUUUUUUUUUUUUCCUUCUUGCUGGUGUCUGAGCUACGGUAUAAAACCUAAAACUUGUCUGUGGAACAGAAGUUUGAAAGGAAAAAGUCUGUUCCAACAGAAUUCCAAGCCUGAGAGCUUCGGGAAGGUUUUUUUUUUUUCCAUUCAAGCCGAAGGAAUUUUUUUUUU